CCCUCCCCUCCCCAUCGCGAGUCUCUCGUCUCCUCCUCCUCCUCCUUUCCCCUUCGCCUUAGCUUCAGCUCGCCGAGACCCCGCGCGCGGCGAAUCACACGAGGUCUCGCCGCCUCCGCCUCCGCCGCUGCCGCAGAAGAAGACGCCGGGCCUCCGAUCGCCGGCGGUGUCUCCGUACCCCGGCCCGACAGACGGCACGAGUUUGAAGUUGGAAAUCAACCUUGUUCUCUGUAGUGCUUUCCUUUGGAUUGCAGAGAAUUUCAAACAAACCAACACAUCCUUGCAUCUGACUGACUUGAGGUAACUAUGCCAAAGGACAGGAGCACCCGUGCCGUCUCAUACGAGCGCCGUCGUUCUCGUGCUUCGCCAUAUUCCUCGCAUGGGAAGGGCUGUUCUCGCAGGUCGGAGGAGUCUGCUGCUGCAGCGGCAGCUGCUGCCGCUAAACAGGCCGCGGAAUGGGAGGAUGUCCGCUGCCCAGUCUGCAUGGAUCACCCCCACAACGCUGUUAUGCUCGUCUGCUCAUCGCAUGAGAAGGGCUGCCGCCCUUUCAUGUGUGACACAAGCUACCGACACUCCAAUUGCUUUGAUCAGUACCGCAAGGCUUCUAAGGACUCCUCAAAGGAUACUGGUGCCAGUGCUGCUUCCGCACCAGAAUGCAGUGAGUGCCAGCAGCCCAUAAAACUGUCAUGCCCAUUGUGUCGUGGGCCAGUCAGCCAUUGGACAAAGGAUUAUGAUGCACGGAAGUACAUGAAUGCGAAGGUUCGAGCAUGCACCAAAGAGUCAUGUGAGUUUAGGGGGGCCUACAGUCAGCUGAGGAGACAUGCCAGGGAGAACCAUCCUACUGUUAGACCAACUCAGGUGGAUCCUGACCGGCAGCGAGACUGGCACAGGAUGGAGCAGCAGCGUGAUCUUGGAGACUUGUUCAGCAUGCUGCGUUCAGGCUUAAGUGCCAGGGAAGAUGGAAUUGGGGUCAGUGAAGGGGAAGAGGACAUCAACGAGAGGACUCUACAUAGCCCGUCUAUAACAAUGGUCUUCAUUGUGCGCACUGGCAGGUCGAUCCUCCACUACAGGGAAGCAUUUCCAGGCCACCACAGAAGAAGAACAAUUCUUCUGCUUGGCGAAGCUUUUGGUCGCGAAUCCUCCCCAUUAGGGGGAGCAAGUGGCAGCGGUGAUGCUGACACCACAGGUCGUGACAAUGAUGAAGGUGAUGACGACGUGACACUCUCUACAGAGGCAGCUGGUUCUCAGCAUGAUGUUGGUGAAGUCGAUGGUGAUCCUGCACAUUGAUGCAGCUGGUAAGAAGUGCCAAUGUGUGCACCUGGACUGAAACUCGACAAGCAAGCAAUCUUUCAGUUUCACCAGGCAUCCAAGACCUCAUGUUGGGGAGAAACAUAUGGGGCGUUCCACUUGUGCCUUUAGGCGUAGUCAGGACAUUCUGCCUACGUGCAACAAGAAUCGAGAUGAAUUUGCAAUGCAGGGAUAGGCUCAAAACUGCUGUGGAGUCGUCGUAGUGUCAUUUUAAAUAUAUUUGCUGAAAAAUCUGUAGCAAACAGAAACUUCAAUGGUGGUGCUGUAUUUAUCAUGUCCGCGGCUAGGACUUUGGGUGAAUUCAAUUCGCUGCAUUGUAAUUUGAUCUCUGAAAUAUAUUCUUUCUGUGUUGAUCAAUCUGAUCAUGUUAAAGCGGAAAAAUAUUGAUGUA